GAAACAUUGCGUGUCCAUAUUCCGCCGGUCCUCGCCGCCGAGCCUCGCCGAGCACAAUCCCAAUUACACACACUUUCACACGCCGCCCACACACAAGCUCAGGUCGUCGCCGGAGGCCUGCCUAUUGACAAAACCCGCAUGCCAAUCGGCCCACCCGAGAUUUCGACCAUCAUAUCCAUACGAAGCUUCGAGUCUCCUAGGACGCAGUUAGAGCAGCCAGGCAGGUUUUUUGUAAAUUUCUAACGCCCGGGACGCCUCAAGGACGCUUAGCAUUCACGACAACCGGGCACAGAAGCUGAUACAUACCAAGGACGAAUUGCUCUUCCUCCGAAUAUCGUAUUCGGAUCAUGCCUCAUGCAUCGGAGGCGGCCACCGAUGCAGCUCAACCCAAGUUCGUACGGUUAUGUUGGAUCGAUCUGACUGGGCGAGUUCGCUGCAGGAUAGUACACAGGACGCGGUACGAGCAGAUGAUCCAAUCACCGCCGGAAUCCAUUUUAUCGUUACCAGCUUGUGUGAUGGGAUUGGGGCAUCAAGACGAACUGGCGCCCGGUUUCGGUCCCUCAGGAGAUCUGUACCUGCAACCCGACAAGAUAUCGUACCGAGUAUUGACUUACUUUCCUACCCAUGCCAUGGUCAUGUGCAGUCUUCUGAGGCGGCGAGAGCCCGACAGUCAUCAAGCAUCCGAGAACCAUUCUAGCCACUUUUCUCCGUACCCACUAUGUCCUCGAUUCAUCCUGAGUUCGACUCUCCAUUCCGGAAUAGCUGAGAGUGGAGUGUCGUAUCUGAUCGGGUUCGAGAUCGAAGUGGUCCUGCUCAAGUCCCUCCAACCUCUCGAAGCGGUGGAUAGUGGACCACACUUUUGGAGCGGCGCUUCCAGUUUCCGGAACGGUGCCGCAGGUCUAGCAUGCAUUGAGAAAGUGGUCGGCUACCUGGAGGAGGCAAAUAUCACUGUGGAGCAAUGGCACGCUGGCAGCGCACCUGGACAGUUCGAACUUGUCCUCAGUCCGCAUGCGCCUUUUCAAUCAUGUGAUGAACUGAUUUACGCCAAGGAGUUGAUCUAUAGUGUUGCUCACGAGAUGGGUUUGAAAGCGACAUUUUCACCUAAACCGUUCCAAGCUGCACGUGGCACUAGGUCGCCCAUGCAUAUAUCUCUUCACAAGAAAAACAAGCAAUUGCCUGAAGGUCAAUUGCAAUCGAGAAACUCCUCGUCUUCUCCACCGUCACCCACGGCUAGGUCGAGCACUACCAUCAACUUUAUUGAAAGUCACUGGCUGGCCGGUAUGCAACACACGCCUUCAUCUCUGUCCUACUAUUUUUGCUAAACAAUAUCCUCGAUAUCGAUAUUAAAUGCGG